UCAUAGAUCAAAGAGGUUCAAUUUUGAGUUUUUAUCCUCUGGAACGAAAAUGGAGAAGCUGAAAUUGAUGAUUCCUGACGAUCUCAAGAGAAUGAUAAGCGAAAGCACACCAGAGAAUCUCACCUCCAUUUGCUCUUCGCUUCUCGAUUUCUUCCUAUCUUUACCUGAAUUUCAGAGAGUCGUUGAGGAGCUCACGGAUACAGAGUUGGGACUGUGCCGGAAGAGCAAGGAAUCAACUUUGGAUUUUAAGCGCAAAGGAAAUGAAUGCUUCUCAAAAAGGGAUUACGUGAAAGCUAUCAACUUUUAUUCUCAAGCAUUGCGUUAUGCUCCAAUGGAUGCAGAGGACAUGGGAAAGAACUUGGUUGCAGUGCUUUAUGUAAACCGAGCUUCUUCAAUGCAUAAUGCAGGCCUUUUGGAGGAGUCUUUGAGAGAUUGUGAUAGAGCAAUUGCUAUUAUGCCUUCUUAUGUGAAGGCAUGGUUCAGAAGAGGAAAGGCUAGUGCCUUAUUGAAAAACUAUGAAGGUGCAAUUCGUGAUUUUGAAGUUGCCUUGCAUAUGGAGAAUUCUACAUCCGGAAAGGGCCAAAUAAAGGAAGAACUUGAGAUGAUAUUAAGUUAUUCUAAUAAGACACAUGGGAUAGACAACCCAUGUAAUGUUCCUAAAUGGAAAGAAAUGGACUCUUCAGCUGAGCGAUCGCCAGCAGCACUACUAUGUGUAUCGACCCCAUCCAAGGGCAGAGGUAUGACCUCUGUCAAUGACAUUCCUCCAGGUUCACUAGUUCACAGUGAAGAACCUUUGGCUGCGAUUGUGAAUAAAUAUUCCCGGGAAACUCAUUGCCAUUUUUGCUUCAUUGAAGUUCCCACAGAUGUUGUAUACUGCCCAUCAUGUACCAUACCUGUUUAUUGCUCCGAACUUUGCCAAGAACAAGCAAGAGGAAUAUUUAUUAAAAAGAAGCAAGGAGAUUCUAUUGCAUGGAAUUUACCAGUAGAUCUUGCGAAACAUGUUACGGACACCAUCUCAAUGGGUAAUGUUAAAUCUCCUUUGCAAGAUGGAAACUAUGAGCCUUUCCCUGAACAUAAACAUGAAUGUGGAGGUUCACCCUGGUCUGUUGUUUUGCCACUCGAUGUGGUUUUGGCCGGUCGAGUUCUGGCAAAGCUAAUAGAUAAAAGAAGGCUUUCUGGGGAGACAUGUAAACCAGUUCAAAAUUUGGUUCUAGCACACAAUUAUCUCCAAAUUCCACUUAAAAGCAAAUUGGAGAUGCAUAUCUAUGGUGUUGUUCUUUCCUGCUGUCUCAAGCAUCAUUAUGGUUCUGAUUAUCCAUUCACAGGGUCUUCUGUGUCACAGUUGGUUCUACUGUUAGCUAAAAUUAAGGUUAACUCCAUGGCUGUUGUCCACAUGAAAUCUUUAGAUGGAUAUCGGGGAUUCAAGAAGUCAAUAUCUCACUCUCACUCUCGAAAUGCUUUUACUUGCAGUUUUGAACAGAUCAGAGUCGGCCAAGCUCUGUAUUUAAACGGUAGUUUCUUUAAUCACUCGUGCCAGCCAAACGUGCAUUCUUAUUUCCUGUCUCGUAGGCUUUAUCUACGCACAACAGAGUACGUGCACGGAGGUUAUCCCCUCGAGAUUUCUUACGGCCCUCAGGUCGGAGAGUGGGAUCUACAUGACAGACAAGAGUUACUUAAGGAACAAUACUCUUUUGAAUGCCGAUGCACAGGCUGUUCACAAUUAAAUUUAUCAGACCUUGUUCUUAAUGCUUUCAAGUGCGCUAAAGCUAAUUGUCCGGGAGCAGUCACGGAAAAGACUUUCUUUGACAUUCUGGAAGAUGAUAGUGUGCAAAUUUCGGAUGCAUAUUCUAGCUUCAAGCUCUCCUUGCCGGCAUGCCAUUUUGAUACAGUUCAUGGACAGUACAUAACCGAGGUAGCAAGCCGGCUUCUUAAAGGACGGAGUGCCGCACAUCAUAUAAACCAAGGAUGUUGUUUGAGCUGUGGGACUGAUCUUGAUAUAGAAUCCUCUAGCACAGUCUCUAAAAAUGCAAUGAUACAGAUUCAAAGGUUGAAAGAAUGCAUAGAUUCAGAUGAAGAUCCUCAAAUUCUAAUUUCGGAUUUCUUGAAAUCUCUUUCUAUCCUUAGAUCAGUAAGACAUCAAUAUAGCAAAACCAUUGCACAGGCGGAAGACAUUAUCGCGGAGGCCUUCGUUCGGCUUGGAGAGUUUGGGCCUGCUUUGCAACACUGCCAAGAAUCAAUAGAGAUACUCAAAAAGUUGUUCCGCCGCAACCAUAUAGUCAUUGGAAAUGAGUUAAUUAAGCUUUCAUCUAUCCAAAUCUCAGCGGGUGAUCGCGCGGCUGCUCUAAGUGUUAUCAAACGAAUCGAAGAAAUUUUUUCACUCUACUACGGAUCUCAUCUUGUCAAUGUAUGUCCGCAUGUCGUCCGUCUACAAGAAGAAGUUAUCAACCUUAAUUAAAAACGACAAUGAUCGGCUUUUGUAUGAUAAUUUAAUAAUUCAUUAUGUUAGUAUUCUUGUACUC